AUGAAAACACAAAAUAAAGAUAACAUACCAGAAUCAGAAGGUCAGUAACCAAUUCAUUCACUUUUAUCAUCAUUAUUACUAACAGGUUAUUCUAGAAGAUAGAUUUAAAUUAAAAUGUCGAGAAUUGAAAAGACGAGUUUUAGAAAUUGAAGAAAGUAAUGAAAUUGCAACAAUAGCAUUAAAUCGUACUCAGUCAUCAAUUCGAAGAUUAAGAUUAGAAUACACUAUAUUAUUGGAAAGAUUAGAAACUCGAGUAAAUCAAUUACCUGAUUCACUUAACUCAUUUGAAGAAAUGGCGGGACCUCCAACUCCAGCAAUGUUAGAUGAUUCAAUAGUAAAGUCCAGAAAUGGUAAAAAAGCAACCAAAAGACCAACUAAAUCUACUGACUCAAAGAAUACAAAUUUGGCAAAAAGAGACCCAGAUUUGCCAAAAAGACCCACCAAUGCAUACUUAAUAUUUUGUGAACAAGAAAAAGAAAGAUUAAAAUCUGAUCCAGAUCAUAUACCUCAUGAUUUAUCUAAAAAUAUGACUGAAAAUUGGAAAAAUUUGACUGAAGAAGAUAAAAAACCUUAUUUUAAAUUAUAUGAGGAUGAUAAAAUUAGAUAUCAAAAAGAAAUGGAAGUUUAUAAUCUGAAAAAACACCCGAAUGAAGAUGGUGAAGAUAAGAAAGAUACCAAAAAGCAAAAAGUUAGAAAAGAAGAUGGCGGGGAUGAAACACCAGGUGUUGAACAAGAUACUAGUGUUAUAAUUGAACAUGAACAUGAACAAGAUCAAAAACAUGCACAAGAUCAAAAACAUGUACAAGAACAAUCACAAAUUAAACAAGAAGAAGUUGAUAACAUAGUUAAAAUAGAUCUUGAACCGUCUGUCGAAUAA